GAUAACGACAUGUUUGGUGAUAUCGUCAAAGCGCCGAGGGUACUCGGGGGGAUAGCCACUGUCUGACAUUAACAGGACGUCGCAGCGAAGCGACUUGUUUGUGAUGGACGGGGUUUGAACGAAGCGGUUCUUCGAGCCAACCAACCGCCACCAAAGGGGACAACGAGCUGUGUUGCAACCAUUUGUUUUAUGAACGACGAGAUGCACGAGUCCUAUUCACCAUCUUUUGUUUGGAAGGUCUUUCGAGAGGAUUAUUCCUCGUUGGCAACGGACAUCGCUCUUGGCCUGGUGAUAACGCUGGUCAUCGGAGCGCUGUGCCUCAAAAAGGGGAAGGCGAGGAUUCAGGACAGGCCGCUACCUCCGGGGCCGACUGGUGUCCCUGUCCUAGGUUACCUGCCUUUUCUCGGAUCCAGUCCCCAAGUUACCUACAAGAAACUCGCGGCAAAAUACGGACCCAUCGUGAGAGUCAAACUGGGAUCGGAAGAUGUCGUUGUGCUGAAUGACCUGGACUCGAUCAAAGAAGGAUUGAACAAAGACGCCGUCUUGGCCCGUCCUACACAUUUCCUUUUGAGAAGCAUCGGAGUUGAUGGAAUUGCAACAAUGAAUGGACAAAGAUGGGUCGACAACCGCAGAUUCUGCAUGCACGUGUUAAGAGACCUUGGAUUCGGAAAGAAGUCCAUGGAAGAACAUAUAAAGGAGGAGAUAGCUCAGCUCUACGAUGUCCUGAAAUCGUGGAAUGGCACACCGGGGAAAAUAGAAAAUGUCAUCACGUCGAGUGUCUCGAACAACAUAACUGCACUCGUAUUCGGAGAACGUUUCAGCUACGAUGAUCCGAGGCGGCUGUUCCUCGACAAAAGAGCAAGCGGGGUUUCGCGGAACGGUAGCUUCACAUCGCCUUUGGACUUCUUUCCCGCCUUGCGCAAGCUGCUCUCCUACCUUCCAUCGUCCAGAUCCAGUAUCGUCCGUGCACUCGCGGACAGUAUGCUUGAUUUUAUAAGAAAAGAGGCCGACCAACGUUCGAAAACGCUAAGUCCAGACGUGAAUAGGGACUUUAUCGAUGCUUAUCUGAAGAAGAUAAACGAGAGUAACGGAACAAACCAAAGCUUCAAUCUGCGGACUUUGAUGGGCAAUGCCCUGAAUCUGUUCGGAGCCGGCACGAACACAGUCAGGGCCAGCAUAGAGUGGAAUUUGCUCUACUGCGCCCGUGACCCCGAAGGUGUUCAGAGGAAGCUUCAGCAAGAGGUUGACAACAUUGUAGGCCGGGAACGAGCUCCCGAAUGGGAGGACAGACACAGGAUGCCCUACACCAUGGCUUUCAUCUGGGAGAUGCUUCGUUGGAGGACACCAACUCCACUGGGACUCAUUAGGAUGGCUGAACGCGAUACCACUAUGGGUGGUUUCCAUGUUCCCGCCGGGACUGUGGUUCUGUCUAAUUUCUGGGCAGUCCACCACGACCCUGAAGUGUGGGAACACCCUUUCGAUUUCGACCCUACCCGAUUUUUGAAUGCGGAUCACACUGUACUACUGCCGAAGCCAGCGGCUUUCAUACCUUUCAGUACAGGAAGACGCAUGUGCCCCGGGGAAACGCUCGCCAUCAUGGAGAUCUUCAUCUACCUGACGACCCUGUUGCAAAAGUUCACUGUGCUGCCCAAGGAAGGGGAGACAAUUUCGAUGGACAUUCACGAAGGAAUAACCAACAUCCCUCUUCACAGCCAAGAGCUCCGAUUUCUGCCAAGAUGAGGGUGACAUUUGCGAUGGGGUCCGACAGUCGUUUGCGAACUAAUUUGUGGAGCGUUGAGAAAAUGCCAAAAUUACACGGAAUUAAAUAAAAUAGAAAAUAACAA